UAUCAACCCAAACCUCACUGCUUAUUCUCCUGGUUAAAGCAACCUCGAAAAGAAACUCAAAACAAUAGACGCCCCACUUUAUACGGCUUUAUCUCUCACCGCCACCGCUUUAAAACAGAGAAGAAGUAGACUUAGACGUCAGUUAGUCCGCAAAAGCCAUCACCAGAAAGUAUCAAUCUUCCUAAUUCUGAUGCUUUCCCUUUCAAGACCGUCUUCCCCUGAACCAUACAUCCGAAAACCCAAAAGCCCACCGGACGACGCCGUUCUGCCUCGCAAAAACUCAUUCACCUCUCUUAGCUCUCUCCUUUCCCAUUCUUACUUAAAUCAAUCGCGCACAUGGCUCCUUCUCUCAGUCCUCUCUUUUCAACUUAUCAUCCUCCUUGCUUUCCGCUCUCUUCCUCUAUCUUUCACUCACCACCGCCACCACUUCCCUUCUCCAUACACCGCUCAUCAUUUCAUCACCAAUCCAACGGCUGAUGAUGAAUGUAGAUUAGGAAGAGUCUUUGUCUACGAUCUACCAAGUAAGUUCAACGCUGAAUUGGUUCAAAAUUGUGAUGAGUUAAACCCUUGGAGUUCUAGAUGUGAUGCGUUAACAAAUGACGGUUUUGGUCAAAAAGCCACCGGACUUUCCGGAAUUGUGCCGGAGAAUCUGGUACCCGCUUGGUACUGGACGGACCAAUUCGUUUCCGAGAUUAUAUUCCAUAAUCGGAUUUUAAACCACAAGUGUAGAACUACGGAGCCAAGCAAUGCGACAGCGUUUUAUAUUCCGUUUUAUGCAGGACUUGCUGUUGGUAAGUUUUUAUGGUUCAAUUACACUGCUAAAGACCGCGAUCGUCACUGCGAGAUAAUGUUAGAUUGGGUCCGAGAUCAACCGUACUACAAAAGAUCAAACGGUUGGAAUCAUUUCCUUACGAUGGGGCGUAUCUCAUGGGAUUUUCGUCGGUCAAAAGAGGAAGACUGGGGUUCAAGUUGCAUUUACAUGCCAGGUAUGAGAAACAUUACUCGUCUCUUAAUUGAGCGAAAUCCAUGGGACUAUUUCGACGUCGGUGUACCUUACCCCACUGGAUUCCACCCUAGAUCCGACAAUGAUAUACUCCAGUGGCAGGAUUUUGUCCGUACGCGUAACCGUAAUAGCCUCUUUUGUUUCGCGGGAGCCAAACGCGGUGCUAUUAAAAACGACUUUAGAGGAUUGUUGCUUCGUCAUUGUUACAACGAGUCAGACUCGUGCCGAGUCGUGGACUGUUCCGGGAGUCGUUGCUCCAACGGCACCUCGGCGAUUCUCAAAACGUUUUUGGAUUCGGAUUUUUGUUUACAGCCGAGAGGUGAUAGUUUUACUCGCAGGUCUAUUUUUGAUUGCAUGUUAGCGGGCUCAAUUCCGGUUUUGUUUUGGAAAAGGACCGCGUAUUAUCAGUAUGAGUGGUUCUUACCGGGUGAACCGGAUAGUUAUUCUGUUUUUAUUCACAGGGACGAGGUAAAAAAUGGAACUUCAGUAAGGAAAGUGCUCGAGAGUUAUAGUAAAGAAGAAGUGAGGAAAAUGAGAGAAAAAGUUAUUGAAUAUAUACCAAAGUUUGUAUAUGCAAGACCAAAUGAGGGAUUAGGGAGUAUAAAAGAUGCAUUUGAUGUUGCCAUUGAUGGAGUAUUAAGGAGAUUCAAGGAGCAAGAAGAGUGGGAUUACAAGUGGUAAAUUAGAGUAGAUUUUUGAAAUUCUUAAAAAGAAAAUUGAGAGGCAGUUGUUAUGGUGAGAAAAGGAUUUGCAGGUUGUGGGAUUGGAGGGUGAUUUAUUCAGUGAGCUGCCAUACACAUUCAGUUAAUGGAUGAAGCAGGACCACCGAAGCACCAAUUAAUGGUCCUUGCUUUUUGGUUAGAUGGCUGCAACUUCAGUUGGGGGUUUGUUUGCUCUGGCUGGUUGGGUAUCUUUCUUUGCUUGGGUAAAUGGGGCAACAUGGAUUUGUUUGGACCAUGCCAUGAUAAAUGCCCUCAAUACCAUACAGAAAUGAGUUAAUGAUAUAGUGUAAUUAAAUAAUAUAUAUUUGCCAAUCAGAUCUCAAUUUAUAUUUGUUGAUAAA